CACUGAAAAUCAGUUCACCUUCAAAGACAGAAACUUUUCUUUGAGCCGCCAUCAUCUAACGCCAACAUGAAGCGGCUACUGCUGCUCUGCCUGUGUGUCUACGCUGUGCGUUGUCAAGACGAUUAUGACGAAUAUGACCUGGGGGACAAAACAGAUCCCAAAAAAGUGGUAGACCCUCGCGGCCACCGUCCCUUGUCCAGAGGGAGUGAGACCUACUCCCCCGUCCGCAACAACCCCCCUCCCGUCAGCGGCGGUAGCCAAUACCGUGGGCGACCCACGGCAGCUCCUGCCAGAGGCGUGGCGGCGCAGGAGAAGGAUGAGCAACCGGAGGCUGGAGGGUGUACACAUGCCUCAGAACAAAUGGGGGUGCUGUGUCCUACCGGCUGUGAGCUGAAGACAGCCAUGCUGAAACAAGAGAGGAACGUGAAAGAUGAAGUGAAGAGGAUGCAGAAAGAUGUUGACGAACUGUCGAGAUCCUCUAACACCAUCUAUAACUACGUAAACGGCAUGUCCUCAGCGCUGAGAGAGAGACAACUAGUCAGCAACGAGAAUGGUGACCUGGUGAGUCAGUACACGGACAGUCUGGAGUCCCAGCAUGCCUUUGCAAAGGAGGCUAUAGACACAGUCUUCCCUUCUAACAUUAGGAUUCUUCAAGGGGUCCUUGAGAAGAUCCGGUUGAAGAUUCAGAGAGUGGAGAAGGCUAUCCUGGCCCAGAGGGAAGAAUGCAAGGAGCCGUGCACUGUCUCCUGCCCCAUACCUGUUGUCUCUGGAAAGGAGUGUGAGGACAUCUUCAGGAAAGGAGGAAGGGAUUCUGGGAUGUAUCUGAUCCAGCCUGACUCCUUCUACCAGCCCUACAAGGUCUACUGUGACCAGACCACACAGAAAGGAGGCUGGACCACUAUCCAGAACAGGAAGGAUGGUUCUGUAGACUUUGGCCGGCGUUGGGACAACUACCGCAGUGGUUUCGGAAAUAUCGCCUUCAACGUCGGAAAGGGACAUUGCAACACUCCAGGGGAGUACUGGCUGGGUAACGACCGCAUCAGUCAGCUGACCAAGCAGGGACCCACUGAGGUCCUCAUGGAGAUGGAAGAUUGGUCCGGGAACAAGGUCCACGCCCAGUACCGAAAGUUUACUAUACAGGGCGAGACGUCCAACUACAUAUUGGCGAUCGAUGGGUAUUCAGGAACAGCCGGUAACGUGAUGCUGGACGGAGCUACGACGCUGUUUGGAGAGAACCGGACCAUGACCAUCCACAAUGGAAUGAUGUUCAGCACCUACGACAGAGACAACGAUAACUGGACCCCAGGUGACCCGUCCAAGCAGUGCUCCCGUGAGGAUGGCGGUGGUUGGUGGUACAACAGGUGUCACUCAGCCAAUCCAAACGGCCGUUACUACUGGGGCGGGGCUUACACCCGGUACAUGGCAAAACACGGGACGGAUGACGGCAUGGUGUGGAUGAACUGGAAGGGAUCCUGGUACUCUCUCAAAGCCAUCUGCAUGAAGAUCAGGCCCUACUUCGUCUCGCGGUAGACACACAGGGACACACACAGACACACACACAGAGACACACACAGACACACCGAGAGACACACAGAGACACACCGAGAGACACAGGAAGUGACCUUUAGCUGAAUCAGGUCAAAAACAAAGGUUUGCACCCCUUUCGGGUAACCAGGACGAUUCAACUCUGACCCUACGAGGUCUGUAGCUGACUUUCUGUUCUACCUGAUAAUUAACUGUACCCACCUGGUAGACCCAGGUCUAAAUCAGCCCCUGAUUUAGAGGGGAACACCUGGUAGUCCUAGGUCUUAAUCAGCCCCUGAUUUAGAGGGGAACACCUGGUAGUCCCAGGUCUAAAUCAGCCCCUGAUUUAAAGCGGAACACUGAAAACAAGGUACUGGCUUGGAGGCUCUCUAUGUUCGUACUGUAUGUGAGAGCCAACAGAGAGCAGCACUCAGUUUCCCCCAAUGUGUCAUAAUCAUAAUCUGAUCUAAAUCUCUGAAACACUAAAGGAAACGUAUAAUGACUUCAAUAGGGGCUUUAUUUUAAAGACACUACAGAGGAACAAAUGGUGCAUGGACGCAAGACGAAAAGAGAGAAAAGGGAUGUUGUUGUUUCAAACCUGAACCUGAUGUCUUAAUUAUUAUUUUUUUUAUAAGGUUGAACCGAGAAAAGUCAAGUAAAAAGAGGAGUUUAAAAGAAGAUUUUUAAAAAACACAUGUGUUGUCGCUGUGUGAUGUGAUGAUGUGUGUGUGAUUGUCCCUUACGUUACUCAAUAAAAACAUAUUGUGGAACUUA